GAGACCUUCGGCGGUGGACCGCCUGCUGUCUCCAUGAUCCAGCUUGACACCCACCGCUGCUGCUAUAAUUAUUAGCCAUUUUUUGCCCACUGCUCCUGCUAUUAUUAUGUCAUAUUUCUAUUCUUAUUGUUGUUGCUCAAGGUUUCUUCCCGUUAAAGGAGAGUUUUUCCUUGCCACUGUCACCAAGUGCACCUCUUCCUGUAUGCAGUCCAUAUUUAUGCAGUUUCAAAGUCAUAUAUGUCACAGCCAGAUCCAACUGCAAGACAGGUGGUGAUAAUCCUGUUAUGUAUAUGUUGGUUUUGUUAAGAAUAGGACAUUAAAUCAGGUAAAUGUUUUAACUUUGAAUUGCUUUAACUUUGGUUGUCAGUACCAUCAAUGGUUGCAGAAGCUUUUGUCAAGUAUCUUUUGUCAUGUCUGUUGAAACAAGUCCAAGACAAGACUCAAGUCCGUCAGAGUACAAACAAUUUGUCUUUCAGGUCUCUGAAAAAUGACUUAGCAUUAGAGUAAUUUUCUUUUAAAACUGUUUAUAUUACUGCAUAAGUAUAAGACUCAAUUACUCAAUGUUUUAUCUAUAUUAUAUUGUUCUGGGAUUUAACCAGGUCAAAGUGUUAAUGUUCAAGUCUCAAGUCAAGUCGAGUCUUGAGGAAGUCUAAUCUCAGCAGGCAAGUCCAAGUAAAGUACUCAUGUUUGUAAAUUAAGUCUGACUUAAGUACAAGUCUCAAGCAUACGGCUCUGAACAGGGGCGGCCUGUUGCAUAAGCCACAUAGGUUGUCACUUAGGGCGCCAAAUGAGUGGGACAUGGGUUUUUUUUUCUUCUUCUUCUUACUGACACGUGUGCUUAUAUAGUUUUUGGAAAUAAGCACUUGUUCGCCUCUCUUCUUAACAUUUCCCCCCUCUUUUCCCUCAUUGACUCACGUGGGUUUCAUCUAGUUUGUUUUUCAAAGCCUCAAAGUCAGUUUUCACCCAACAGCCACCAAACUCUUUUUUUUGUUGUCUGGAUGACUGGGAUGACUUUGUCUGGGCUGGAGGUACCACUGUUGCACCUGUGAGUGUGUGUGCGUGUGUGAAUUCAUAUUUGAAGCUCUAGGACUGCAGGUAGCUACUAUACUGUUGCACUUUUUGGCACUUUUUUCCAAUCCAAAAUCUUGGCAAGGGCACCAACAUAGUCAGGGCAAGCCCUGGUUUCUGAAAGCUGAUUAUGUAAAUACCUUGGCUGUAUGCUUUCUGGCAACAAAGAUCUCUUUAACUGGUGGGAACUGUGUGCCUUCCUCUCAGAAAUGAACCCAGCUGUUCUGGGUCUAAAAAGAAAAGUAUCUCACCAAUCUGAUCAAUCUCUGUGAACUGGCCUUAAUGUUGCAAGAGCAAUAAACAGGUAGAUGUGAGUGCACAGGUGCUCAGCCCAGCAUCCCCCCAGCCCCCACCCCCCGCCUCGCAUCAGCACCACUCUCUGCAUCCUGCUGAGGUUUUUCAAACCGUCCCAAUCCCUGGGACGGUGUAGGGAGAAGGGGAACGACGCCAUCUUGUUUGUUUUAGUCGGAGGAGGGGGUGGAAAAAACAGCCACCAGCACCGGCAGCAACACGGCCGGCAAAACGGAGAAAGCACAAAACGGCUAACCGGCCAGACACCCUCCCCUUCCCCCCCUUCCCUUGUGGUGAGAAGGCGCUGAGACGAUGUUUUAUGCCCACUUUGUCCUCAGCAAACGUGGGCCGCUGGCCAAAAUCUGGCUGGCGGCCCACUGGGACAAGAAGCUGACCAAGGCACAUGUGUUUGAGUGCAAUCUGGAGAGCAGCGUGGAGAGCAUCAUCUCACCCAAGGUGAAAAUGGCUUUAAGAACAUCAGGGCAUCUGCUGCUGGGGGUGGUGAGGAUCUACCACAGGAAGGCCAAGUACCUGCUGGCGGACUGCAACGAGGCCUUCAUCAAGAUCAAGAUGGCGUUUAGACCAGGUGUGGUGGAUCUUCCAGAGGAGAACAGAGAAGCAGCCUACAACGCGAUCACUCUACCUGAGGAGUUCCACGAUUUUGACCAGCCGCUACCAGACCUCGAUGACAUUGACGUGGCUCAGCAGUUCAACUUAAACCAGAGCAGAGUGGAGGAGAUCACCAUGAGAGAGGAGGUGGGGAACCUCAACCUGCUGCAGGACAAUGACUUUGCUGACUUUGGGAUGGAUGACCGGGAGAUGAUGAGGGAGGAGAGCGCGUUUGAAGUGGAUAUCAUGGGAGCGUCAGCCUCCAACCUGCUUCUUGAGGCUGAGGGUGUAACUAACCAGAUGGCUGACAAGUCCAACCAUCUGGAGUACGACGACCAGUACAAGGAUGACUUCGGAGACAACCCUAUGGAGAGCAAUGAGGGAGGCAUGCUGGUGGACAAGCUGUUGAGUAACGAGGAUGGAGGCGGCAUCUUUGAUGACCCUCCUGCCAUAGCAGAGAGUGUGAUGAUGCCUCAGGACCACGGGGACGAUGAUGACGACUUUGAUGCUCUUUCAGCGGGAGCCCCAGAUAGUCCAGACUCAGGCCCAACAGAGCCCUUACCCGCCAUGGCUGACCAGGCAGAACAGACCACUCUAGUUCACAACGAGGAAGAAACCUUCGCCCUGGAGCCCAUUGACAUCACAGUGAAGGAGACAAAGGCAAAGCGUAAGAGGAAGCUGAUUGUGGACAGCGUGAAGGAAUUGGACAGUAAAACCAUCCGCGCACAGCUGUCUGACUACUCGGACAUCGUCACCACCCUGGACUUGGCUCCUCCCACCAAGAAACUGAUGAUGUGGAAGGAGACCGGAGGAGUGGAGAAACUUUUCUCCCUCCCUGCUCAGCCUCUCUGGAACGCCAGGCUGCUUAAGAUGUUUACAAGGUGUCUGACACCGCUGGUACCAGACGAGCUGAGGAAGAGGAGGAAAGGUGGAGAGGCCGACAGUCUGGAUGAGUUCCUCAAAGAUCUGGAGAACCCGGAGGUGCCCAGAGAGGAAACCGCAGGCCACCAACAAAGAGACAUCAUGGACCAGACAAUCAUGGAAGAGGCCAGUGUUCUGCAGACUUCAGCUGUGGAGGGCAGCAGGACGACGCUCGAUGAGUCCGUCAUGCCCCCUCCAUCUUCACAACGUGGCUUGAAACGCAAGGCCCAGGACACAGAGCCAGCCCUGCCCAUGGGAGCCCUGGACCAACAGCAGCAGCAGCAGCAACAGCAGCAGCAGCAGCAGCAGCAGGGGUCCAGAGCCUCUGGUGUGUCCCAGCAGCUCGAGACGUCCAGUGUGGAUUUGCCCCCAGAGGAGACCACUACCACGGCUAACAUCAGCCAGCUGAUAGAGUUGGACCUGCUGGGCGACAAGGACAAGAAGAAGAGCGAUGAUGACUCUGAUGAGGAGGAGGAGGAGGGGCAGGGAGGAGACCAGGAUCAGGAGGAAAGAAGGUGGAACAAAAGAACCCAGCAGAUGCUUCAUGGCCUCCAGAGGGUGAUGGCCAAAACAGGUGCUCAGUCAGUCAGCCUGUUGGACCUGUGCAGGAACAACAACAGGAAGCAGGCGGCUGCGAAGUUCUACAGCUUCCUGGUCCUGAAGAAGCAGCAGGCGGUGGAGCUUGUUCAGGAGGAGCCUUACAGCGACAUCAUAGCGACACCCGGACCUCGCUUCCACAUCAUCUAGGAAAACACAACUCCUACAGUCUAAAAAGUCUCUGCAUUCGGUCAACACACUGGCUUUUUUUAAUUUAACAACAAAGUUUUAUUUAUUUGAUUUUGUUGACUUUGUUUUUUUUUUUUGUACAAAGUGGAGUUUUAUUUUUGUGUCCUGUUGAAAUUCUUUCAUGUGCAAUUUAUGUCUUAAUAUUUAAACGUCAAGCAGUGGUGGGAGGAAUUAGCUCUGAAUAACAUGGUUUGUUAUUAGGAGAUUUCUUCCUUGAAAAAUCUGGCAUGACAAGCUCCAAACAAUGGACUGCUAUACUUUUCAUGUUAUUAAUUUAUUUAAUAUUACUAUUUAUUUACAUUAUUAACACACAUAAAAGAUAAGUUAGUAUAAAGUUAAAGUGAGCAUUUUGUAUUUAAAAAAAAAAAAAGGUUGGAAAGGUCUGUUGGAUUUUUCUGACAAGCACUAUGUUGUGUUGUACAGGCAUGACACCAAAGUUAACAGGAGUCUACUUUUAAGAUAAUGUUUACAGUGGGAGACAGUUCUUGUGUUUACACAGCGAUAACUCAAUCAACCAUGUUACUUGGAGACUCACCUGUCCCACCACUGCGGGAGAAAGUUCUCAUGUACACUGACAAAACGAGCAUGCAACUGUAUCCUGUUUCUGCAAAUGCUCUGCCUGUUUAUCCCUUUGUGCAAGAGUCCAAAAAACUACAGAGGAAAAAAAAAAAAAAGAGCUUCACAGUUCGAUCAACCUGUAGAUGAUGUAAACAUCAGUGGUCUGCCAUACUUGCAUGCUCAGUCCUGAAAUAUUUUAGAGUGGAAUUCCUCCAGGAAAUACCAUUUUUAUUGCCGUCUUGCAACUAGAAUUCCUUCUUAAAACGGCUUGAAGUAUGUGAGACACACUGAUUAUCCUGUAUCCCUUUUAUAGAUGGAUAAUCAUUUAGGAACAAUGGGGUAAUGUAUUGUCUUGAUAAUUAAGACUAUUUAGCUGUUGUGCCCUUACAGUGUCACUUUCGACGUGAACUCUGACGACGUCAAUCGAGUAGAUACUUACAGUGCGUUCAGAAAGUAUUCACACCCCUUCAGUUUUUGCACAUUUUAUGUUGCUGCCUUUUUCACCCUCAACAAUCUACGCUCAAUACCUCAUAGUAACAAAGCGAAACAGGAUUUUAGAACUUAAAAAAGGAAAAACUGAAAUAUCACAUUGACAUAAGUAUUCAGAUCCUUUACUCAGUACUUAGUUAAAGCACCUUUGGCAGCGAUUACAGCCUUGAGUCUUCUUGGGUAUGAUGAGACAAGCUUUGCACACCUGGAUUUGGGGGAUUUUCUGCCAUUCGUCUCUGCAGAUCCUCUCAAGCUCUGCCAGGUUGGAUGGGGACUGUUGGAGGACAGCCAUUUUCUGGUCUCUCUCCAGGGAUGUUCAACUGGGUUCAAGUCAGGGCUCUGGCUGGGCCGCUCAAGGACAUUCACAGAGUUGUCCCUAAGCCAGUCGUCUGCGUCGUCUUGGCUGUGUGCUCAGGGUCAUUGUCCUGUUGGAAGGUGAACCUUCGGCCCAGUCUGAGGUCCUGAGUGCUCUGGACGAAGUUUUCAUCAAAGAUAUCUCAGUACUUUGCUCCAUUCAGCUUUCCCUCAACCCUUACCAGUCUCCCAGUCCCUGCCACUGAAAAACAUCCCCACAGCAUGAUGGUAUUGGGCAGCUGACGAGCGCUGCCUGGUUUCCUCCAGACAUGACGCUUAGCAUUGAGGCCAAACUGUUGAAUCUUGGUUUCAUCAGACAAGAGAAUCUUGUUUCUCACAGUCUGAGAGUCCUUUAAGUUCUUUUUUUGCAAACUCAAAGCUGGCUUUCCUGUUUCUUUCAUUGAAGAGAGGCUUCCGACUGACCACUCUCCCAUAAAGCCCAGAUCGGUGGAGUGUUGCAGUGAUGGUUAUCGUUCUGGAAGUUUCUCCCAUCUCCACACAGGAUCUCUGGAGCUCAGCCAGCGUGAUCGUCGGGUUCUUGGUCACCUUUCUUCCCAAGGCCCUUCUCCCCCAUUGCUCAAUUUGACCGGGCGGCCAGCUCUAGGAAGAGUCCGGGUUGUUCCAAACUUCUUCCAUUUAAGAAUCACGGAGGCCACUGUGCUCUUGGGAACCUUAAAUGCAGCGGAAAUUUUUUUUGUAGCCUUCCCCAGAUCUGUGCCUCGACAUAAUCCCGUCUCUGAGCUCUGCAGACAGUUUCUUCGACCUCAUGGCUUGGUUUUUGCUCUGAUAUGCAUUGUCAGCUGUGAGACCUUAUACAGUUGUGUGCCUUUCCAAAUCACAUCCAAUCAAUUGAAUUUACCACAGGUUGACUCCAAUCAAGCUCUAGAAACAUCUCAAAGAUGAUCGAGAGAAAUGGAAGGCACCUGAGAUAAAUUUCAAGUGUCAUAGCAAAGGGUCUGAAUACUUGCGAUAUUUCAGUUUCUCCUUUUUUAUAAAUUUGCACAAAGUUUUCGCUUCGUCAUAAUGAAUUAUUGAGUGUAGACUGAAUACUUUCUGAAUGAACUUAAUGUAAAACAGCCUCUGUUCUGUAUUCAUUGAUUGUAGUAAAAUACAGUAUAACAGUUACAGAGAAUGAUAAGCAUUCAUGUUUUUUUAAUUUAAAUACAAAAAUGGGUUUUUAAUCUAAAGAAUGACUUGAAAACAUGAUCAAGUGAAGUCUGAAUGAACAUAUUUGAUAUGUGUGUUGACAUUUGGACUCUAAACUCAUCAUACAAAAAACUACAGGCUGAAUUUAACUGAAGUCACGCAGCACUUAAAACGAGCAGACCACCGAGUCAAUAUGACCACACUUCUUCCUUCUGCAAAGACAGCUGAAUGCAUGAUUUUUGAUAUGUUUCCAUAUAAACUGCAUAUCAUUAUAACGUCUGAGUGCAUCUUAUAUUUUAAACUCUGUGCCUGUAAUACUGCUUUUUUUUUAUUUUGUAUAAAA